AUUCAUUCCGUCUGUUUGAGUCAACAUGAAGUUCCGGUUGGUGGCGGGCCUCCUGCUGGGAGCAGUCGCCGUCGAGGCCUUCAUGCCCCCUGAAUAUGCCUAUGAGUCCUCCCAGGCGGACGAGAUUGAAAUUGCCAAGCAGUCCACGGGAAUCGUCAAGUAUCAAUCGCCGCCGGCGGACUCAUACCUCAUCCCCAAGACCAAUUCCGAUGAUGCCUCCCAGAACUGGGAGGUAGAGUGUUCCAGCCAGAACAAGGCCCACAACUGCGAGUAUGCCAUCGACGACCGCACCGACCGCUACUGGAGCAGCAGUCCCGACGAGCAAGAGCCCUCCUGGAUCCGCAUUGACCUGCGGAAGGAGCAUUAUGUCUCGGGCGUGACCAUGCUGCCUCGCCUGGAAGCCGAAGAGGGCCAGAUUGGCGAGCACCGCAUCCUGCUGUCGCCCGAUGGGAACAACUGGACCGAGGUCGCCUACGGCACCUGGGGGUCUAACAAGAGCCCCAAGAUGUCCGCCUUUAUCCCGACCCCCGCUCGCUUUGUCAAACUGGUGGCGGAGACCGAGUCGCACCCCCGCAGUCAGACGAGAAACGGACAGAUCUCCAUCUCCAACAUGGCCGUCUACGCCUACAUCGAGGGCACUUUCCCCGAGGCCGACCCCAGCACGGGUGGUGUCUGGGGCCCCACGCUGGAUCUUCCCAUUGUCCCCGUCUCGUCCGCCGUCGAGCAGCAUGGGAAUAUCAUCAUGUGGUCAGCCUGGGCCGACGAUCAGUUCUUCGCCUCCCCCGGGGGCAAGACGCUGACCACCACCAUGAACCGCAGCGGCAUCAUCACGCAGAGUGAAGUCUUCGAGACCAAGCACGAUAUGUUCUGCCCCGGCACCUCGAUGGACCUCGACGGCAACAUCGUGGUCAGCGGAGGCGCCGACUCGGGUCGCACCAGCGUGUACAAUGGCACCGCCUGGAACAAGGGCCCUGCCAUGCAGACCCCCCGUGGCUACCAGUCGUCCACCACCCUGUCCGACGGUCGCAUCUUCGUUAUCGGAGGGUCCUGGAGUGGCGGCGACAAGAUCGAGAAGAACGGCGAGGUCUACUACCCCGGACCCAACGCGCACUGGGAGACGCGCAGCAACGCCAAGGUCGAGCCCAUGAUGACCGAUGAUCGUCUGGGAGCCUGGCGUGCCGACAACCACGGCUGGCUGUUUGGCUGGAAGAAGGCUAGCGUUUUCCAAGCGGGGCCCAGCAAGAUGAUGCACUGGUACAACGUGGACGACACGGAUCGCAAGGGCCGCGUCCGGGGCUCGUGGGAAGAGGCCGGUGAGCGUGGCCAGGACCACGACUCCAUGUCGGGCAGCGCCGUCAUGUACGAUGCGACGCGAGGAAAGAUCCUGACCUUCGGCGGUCAACGUCACUAUGACGGCUCCAACGGCUCCAAGAACGCCCACCUCAUCACCCUGGGCGAUGCCUACAAGGACCCGGAGGUGGUGGUCGCGGGCAAGGGUCCCAGGGGAGACGGCGAAGGGGGCAUGCACUACAAACGUGUCUUCCACACCUCGGUGGUCUUGCCCGAUGGCACCGUCUUCAUUGCCGGAGGGCAGAGCUGGGGCAAGCCCUUCCACGAGGGCGACAUCAACUUCACCCCGGAGCUCUACGACCCUGCCACCGACACCUUCCACGAGUUGACCCGCAACAACAUCAAGCGCGUCUAUCACAGUAUCUCCAUGCUGCUGCCCGACGCGACGGUUCUGAACGGCGGCGGUGGGCUGUGUGGUAACUGCACGGCCAACCACUACGACGCCGAGAUCUACUCGCCUCCCUACCUGUUCGACGAGAACGGCAACCCAGCUCGUCGGCCGCAGAUCACCAGCAUCUCCGACGGACACCGCGUCACCGUCGGCGAACAGAUCCGAUUCAAGACCGACGACUUCAUCGAGACCGCCUCCCUGGUUCGUGUCGGAACCACCACCCACACGGUCAACACCGACCAGCGUCGCAUUCCUCUCGACACCCUCAAGCGCGUGGGUCAUCUGCAAUACAGCGCUCGUCUUCCCGAGGAUCCUGGUGUCAUCCUGCCGGGAUGGUACAUGCUGUUUGCCAUGGAUGCCAAGGGCACUCCCAGCGUGGCCAAGAUGGUCAAGGUUGAGCUGCCCUCGCCUCCCGAGUACGUGUCCAACUUGGAGGAUUCGGAGGCGGAGGAAACGCACGUCAGCCACGGUCAUGUCGGAGUGACGGCGGACUGCGCCGAGGAUGACGAGGUGAUGGGUGUCAUCGCCAUCAUGUUUGCUUCCGCUAGCAAGUUCUGGAAGAACUGGAAGGUUGCGCUCGUCUCGCAGGCUUAGCUAGCAAAUUUUCAUGGUUUCUUCGGUUAGC